CCCCACAUCUCCAUUCUUCCUAUAUUUAUGCACCCACCACCCUAACAUCCCAACCCCCCUAACCAUCAAUGGCUUUCCACCACCACUACCUUCUUCUCCACCUGCUCCUACUCUUAACUUCCCUUACCUUCACUUUCUCAGAUGAUGCUUCUGUUAUGUCAAAACUUCUUUCAUCUCUUUCUCCACCACCUUCUGGUUGGUCAACUUCUCAACCUUUCUGUUCUUGGAAAAAUGUCAACUGUGAUAAAUCUUCUACUACUGCAACUUCCAUUAAUCUUGAUUCUCAAUCAGUUUCUGGUUCUUUACCUCCUGAACUCAACCAACUUUCCAAUCUUAAAACUCUUUCUGUUCAAAACAACCAACUUUCUGGUCCUUUACCUUCUUUUUCAAACAUGUCAAACUUAGCUGAAAUUUUCUUGGACAAUAAUCAAUUCACUUCUAUUCCUCAAGAUUUCCUUUUUGGGGUUCCAAAUUUAGUAACUUUAAGUAUUAGUGAAAAUGGAAAGCUCUCUUCUUGGCAAAUUCCUAUGUACUUAACUGAAAGUACAAAUUUAGGGUCUUUUUAUGCUAGUAAUUCCAGUAUUAUUGGUGUUAUUCCUGAUAUUUUUGAUUCUUUUCCUAAUUUAUUGAACUUGAGAUUGUCUUAUAAUAAUCUUACUGGUUCUUUGCCUGCUUCUUUUAGGGGUUCUGAAAUUAGAAAUCUUUGGUUGAAUAAUCAGCUUAAAGGGUUAUCAGGUACUAUUAAUGUGAUUGAAAAUAUGACACAAUUGUCUCAAGUUUGGUUACAUGCUAAUUCUUUUACUGGUAGUAUACCUGAUUUGUCAAAUUGUGAGAGUAUAUUUGAUUUGCAAUUAAGGGAUAAUCAGUUUACUGGUGUUGUUCCUGAGUCUGUUAUGACUCUUCCCAAAUUGUUGAAUAUUACUUUGCAGAAUAAUAAGUUGCAAGGUCCAAUGCCUCAGUUUAAAGAUGGGGUUAAGGUUAAUCUUGGAACUACUAAUAGUUUUUGUAAAGAUAGUCCUGGACCUUGUGAUCCACAGGUUACUGCUCUUCUUGAUGUAGCUGGUGGUUUUGGAUAUCCGGUCGCGUUGGCCGAGUCUUGGAAAGGGAAUGAUGCUUGUAAAGAUUGGAGUUUUAUAAGUUGUGAUACAACAAAUAAGAAUGUGACUGUUGCUAACUUAGGUAAGCGGGGGUUUUCGGGUACUAUUUCGCCUGCUUUUGUGAAAUUGACUUCUUUGAGGAACUUGUUUUUGAAUGACAAUAAUCUUACUGGUACGAUUCCGGAGAGCUUGACAACUUUGCCUAAUUUACAAGUUCUUGAUGUAUCUAAUAACAAUUUGUCUGGUCCUAUACCAGUCUUUCCGGCUAGUGUGAAAUUUACUCAUACCGGUAACUUAUUGCUUGGGAAGAAUAUAAGUACUGGUGGUGGGGGAAGUGGAUCGGGAGGUUCCGGAUCAAAUUCUGGUAGUCCUGGUGAAAAUUCAUCGGGAGGUUCAAAGAGGUCUUCAGUUUCAGCUGGAAUGAUUGCCGGUGUGGUUAUAGCCGCUGUUGUUUUCGUUUUAGUUUUGUUGUUUGUGUCUUACAAAUGUUACUUGAAGAGACGCCAUAAGAGAUUUGGAAGGGUUGAGACUCCGGAGAAAAGCAAUGAAAUGGUUAAGUCUAGUGUGCCUAGUGUUGUGGGCGGUUCAAAUGGAUAUACCGGAGUCCCUAGUGAGUUACAGAGUCAGAGCAGCGGUGAUCAUAGCGAGAUACCAGUUUUUGAAGGCGGAAAUGUUGCUAUUUCUAUCCAAGUCCUUCGGCAAGUGACAAACAACUUCAGUGAAGAAAAUGUCUUGGGGAGAGGAGGGUUUGGAGUUGUUUAUAAGGGCGAAUUACACGAUGGGACUAUGAUCGCGGUGAAGAGGAUGGAAUCUGGGCCAAUGGGUAAUAAAGGAAUGAAUGAAUUCCAAGCAGAAAUUGCGGUUCUUACCAAAGUCCGGCAUAGGCAUUUGGUUGCUCUACUUGGUUCGUGUGUAAAUGGAAAUGAGAGGCUUUUGGUGUAUGAGUAUAUGCCGCAAGGAACUUUGAGUCAGCAUUUGUUUGAAUGGAAAGAACUCGGCUACAAACCUCUUACUUGGAAAGAGAGGGUGACAAUAGCGUUGGAUGUGGCGAGAGGGGUUGAAUACCUGCAUAGCUUAGCUCAACAAAGUUUCAUUCAUAGAGAUUUGAAACCCUCAAACAUCCUUCUCGGAGAUGACAUGAGAGCCAAGGUUGCAGAUUUUGGUUUGGUUAGGAACGCCCCUGAUGGGAAAUAUUCUGUUGAGACACGAUUGGCUGGAACUUUUGGCUAUCUUGCACCUGAAUAUGCGGCUACUGGACGAGUCACAACCAAAGUAGAUGUUUAUGCCUUCGGGGUUGUUUUGAUGGAGAUCAUUACCGGUAGAAAAGCAUUAGACGAGACCAUGCCAGAUGAGAGGUCUCAUUUGGUGACAUGGUUCCGCAGAGUCCUUAUCAGCAAAGACAACCUACGAAAGGCUAUUGACCCGAUACUAGAUCCUGAUGAUGAAACAUAUGAAAGCAUUUCCAAGGUUGCUGAGUUGGCUGGCCAUUGCACUGCUCGUGAACCUUUUCAGCGGCCUGAUAUGGGACAUGCUGUUAACGUUCUUGGUCCCCUUGUAGAGCAGUGGAAGCCUACAAGAAAUGAAGAUGACGACGGCUAUGGCAUUGACCUAGAUAUGAGUCUUCCUCAAGCCCUUCAAAGGUGGCAAGCUGAUGAAGGAACUUCAAGAAUGUUCGAUGACUUCUCGAUCAGUGACACACAGUCGAGCAUACCCUCAAAACCUUCCGGAUUUGCAGAUACUUUCAGUUCAACAGAUUGCAGAUAAAAUUUUGGUAACAGGUCGAGCCAUGCCAUGCCUCGGACGGUUUUAAUCCUAUGUGGAUCAACAUACAGUAUGCAAAUUCAUUUGAUUAAUUGGUUUCUUCUUGUCAAUGUCAUUUGCUUCUUAUGUAGUUACAUCCCCUUUUGUAACAAAGUUAUAUUAUAGUCUAGACUAGAUGCAAGGUGUGGUAACAGAAGGUUCAAGUCAGGUGAAUGUAACUUUUUUCUUUUGCUUUUUUGGGAGAGACAGAAAAUUGUAUCAAAUUCUUUCAUAUAUUGUCAAUGUAAAUAGAAUUGAGCUUCAUAUUUUCUUUA